AACGUGUCAAACUGCCAGCUUAAAACAGCCACGGGACUUCUGCUGCCUCAGUACAGAAUCUAAACAGGAUGAUAUGCGGGUGCUGGCCAUGCAGUCUGUGUUUGAGGAAACUCUGCCACGUCCCAGUGCUGAUACUAUUCGUGGUGAGAUGUUACCCAGUGCAUGGAUUCUUCAACCCAGCCACCUUAAUGGUCGAGAGGCUGUGACUGUCAUCUACUUGUUACAAGUGGAUUUGGGAAGUCCGUCCUUAGCCCCUAGAUUGCUGAAUGCAGUGUCUAGAAAGCAAGCAGCUGUAAUUGCAGACCUUGAUUCUUUCUUCUCUUUAUGACAAAUCAGGUUACACAUGUAGCAACAAGCACUUACAUUAAAACCACGAAGGGUUUUUGCUAAGAUUUGCACUUCUUUACUUGACUCUUUUUCACAUAGCACUGAUGGUAUGAUAAUAUUGUGUAACAAAUCCUUAUGCCACUUAAAUCCGUCUUAAUUUUAUUAGGUAGCUAUUUGGUUUGCCACCCUGUGCCAAAGUAUCGAAAAUUGUAAAAAAAAAAAAUGCAAAGUAAACACCCAAAGCUAUUUAGUUUUCAUUUAUGUAUCUCAUUAUUAUUUGAUAUAGACUACACUAUGCAUAGCUUUGCUUGUUGUAAGCAAAAAAAUCCACUGUAUUUCAGUAUUGCUUUAAUGCAUAGCAUUGACUUAAGCUACUUUUAGAAAUAAUUAUUAUAUAAAACUUGAACUUGACAUCAGCUGUAGACUUUUUAUUUUAUUUUUUACAUUUUUUUUAAUUGUGAAAUAUGCAGUACAGUGCCUUCCAUACGUGUCUUUUAUCUGUUGUUGAAUGUUUGUUGGCAGAAGAAUCGUCCAGCCGU